AUGCCGACCUACGUGGUCGCCAAGCAAGAGGCGGAGAAGCUGCAGAAGGAAGCGUUGCGGCCGCUAACGUUCAGGAUGAUUCAGCAGCGCAUUCGAGACCACUUUGUGCGCGACUUGGACGACGAGACAGAGCUCAGGAACAACCGCUACAUCCUCACGACCACGCAAGUGGAGCGAUUCCUUUUUCCGCUUUUCCAGCGCGCAGACGCGAAGGCGGUGCGCAUUCUCGGAGAGGUGUGGGGACGCUCGCGCGACCCCUCGCGUAAGCUGAGUGAUCAGAUCGUCGCCGUCCUCACCCGCCGCCAACACGUCCUGUUGCAGGGGACGGAGCUGACGCUGAUGGAGCUAAAGGAGAAGGUGCUGUUGGCGGCGCGGCUGCAAGAGCCGCUGACGGCGGGCGAGGUCCGCCAGCUGGCGAUCCAGUUGGGCCCCAACAACCGCGAGUGGGUGGAGGAGUGGCUGCGCGCACGUCCUGCAAAGGAGGCUGUAGAUUCGCUAGCGCUCUGCACCGCGCUGCGCGAUGCGGUGCAGCAGCGAUUCGGAGCCUUCACGUUUUCCGGGGCUUACUACCCCACAGUGCUGGACGACUUGAUCGACAUGGAUGAGCGCGCGCAGAGCUCCAUGGUGUACCCGCCGAAGCAAGGCGUGCCGGCGCAGUCCGUGCGUGCACGCACCUGCGAGGAGCUUUUCAUCUUCACCAUAUUCUGCGGUGUGCCGCUCUCCCUCGACGCCUACUUCCUUGCCGUAGCCCUACUCGACCGCUUCCUUGCCCGUCGCAGCACCCCGAAAGAACAGCUCCGGCUGUACAGCAUGGCAGCUCUGCUGCUCGCCUCCAAGUGCGAUCAUUCAUGGCCGACGUUGGACCCUCACUUCGUGUCCGUCAAGAUGAAGCUCGCACAAGAAGACGUCAUGACGGCUGAGGAGGAGAUUGUGCGGACGCUGCAGUUCGACACGACCGUGUCCACGCUGCACCACUUCUGUGAGGCGCUUCUGCUCCACCAAGACCCGCCGGCGUCCCCGGAGCAGCGCCAGCUGCUGGAGUAUCUGAUUGCCUCGCUCUCCGUUCACACCUACUACGGCCAGUACAGGCAGUCCUGUCUGGCAGCGGCGGCACUUCACAGCAGUCGCCACGCGGCCCGGCUCGCAACCGGCGAGCCAAGUGAGUCAGUGCGCGUACUGCUGCCGGUUGUGUACGCGGCACUGCAGAAGAACAGUGUGGAACGCAGCCCGGGCAACCUGAUAAAGCAGAUCUACGCUCAGCCAGAGCGCCACGCCGUGAGCCUGAUCCCUACUGCAGUCCUGUUUCCCAGUCUAUCAUGCCGCUCCUCUCUCAGCGCCAGUGAGUGA